UUAACUUCGGAAUCGAAAUCUCAUUUUUAUAUUGAACGUGUACUUCCUGCUGCAACGAAAAUGAAAUCUCAGAAUGGAGAGGAGGUUGAGAAAGAUCCCAAGUGGAAAAUCGACGAGAAGCCAGUGAAAAUUGACAAAUGGGACUCAGCUGCCGUCAAGAAUGCACUGGAUGAUGCUGCCAAAAAGGUGAUGAAGGAGAAGUUUGGGUACGUGGAAUCCCACAAGCUGAUGGACAUGCGCCUGCUGAUCUGCACGGUGGCCGUCGGAUUCUCACUGUUUGCACUAGUUUGGGACUUCCUGCGACCCUUCCCUGAAUCUCGUCCUGUUCUCAUCAUGUGUGUCCUAUCAUACUUUGUGUUGAUGGGGGUCCUGACCGUGUACACCACCUACGUAGAGAAGGGGAUUUUCCUGGUGGCCCUACAGAAGGAUGAGGCUGGAAUAGACCCUGACAAUAAGUGGGAGCUAGCCUCCAUGCUAAAGAAAUAUGAUGACAUGUACCAUCUUAGCAUGACUUUCAUUGACGGCAAAACUGGAAUCAAAAGAACAAAAGAGUUUUCAAAAUGUGUUUCCAGCUACUUUGAUGAGAAAGGAACAUUAUGCUUUGAUUUAUUCGAGCCGGAAAUCAGACUUCUUCAAAACAAGAUUUCUGCCGAGGACAAGAAGAAUUAAAUUAUUUACCGGUAGAUCUAAUGAUCAUUUGAACUUUGGAGAUAUUGCAAAUGCCAUUCGGCUUUACAAUAGGCAAUAUAUAUUUUCCUUUUGAUCACCUUUCUGUGUUUUACUGUGUAUUGUUGUGAGAGCUGGAGUGAGUUAACUUGUCUGUAUAGUGGUGCUACUUGUGGGGAAGUUGGGAAUACUUUUCAUUGUGACUUUCCUUAUCAUAAUUCUGUAUGUUGUGAGUCAGUGUGAGGGGUGUAUAUGAGCUGAAUGUUGAUUUAAUACAGUGACAUCUUCAAGUAGAGUUAUCAUGAUGUGUAAAUCUCAUGACCUAUUGAAUGAAUAGUUCAAUUAAAAUCUACAUUUGUGUC